UUGUCAAGCUUCGCUCGUUCGUUCACUCGAUUUCUCCCUGACGUCCAUAUUCACGUUGACAUUGUCAAUGUUUGUGGGAAGGCACUGCGCGUUGUUUGCUUGAUCGAACGACCACAGUUUUCCUCGCGUUUACCACAUUAUGAAAUGACCGGGAAGUAGCGCCUGUGAAGAUGGCUUCAGUGCAUUUAUUCGCAACGUUAAUAUUGAGCUCACUUGUAUACGCGAUUUACGAAAUUUACGAGCUCGAAGUGAGCCCCGGAGACUUCGCGAUCCAGCAUCGUCUCGAAGUCGAGGCUGAACCUCAUCGAUUCUUCCAAUUUCUUGUGCAAGAAGACUCUUUGGAAAAGUUCUUGCCCUGGCUCACUCGACUCAAAGAAGCUGAUACGAGAAUUAUGUCUGCUGGUAAAAAUUAUCGCGCUUUCUUGAAACUUCCAAUCUUGGGAAUGGGAAAAAUUGAGCUCACAGUUACCGAGUAUCGGCCAGCGAAUCUCCUGAUUCUCGAGUCGAGUGAUACAACUACGCAGCAGAGGAUUAAGCUCCGCGUUAGAAGGUAUCAAAACCACACUGUUCUCCGCACCAGCAUUCAUCUCCGCAAAACUUCGGCUGUGUAUCACUACACCUUUGGACUCGUCGUGAGGCGUUACAUGCGGAGACAUUUGGAAAAUUCAUCUCCAUUCAUUGCUGAAAUAUACAGAGCUGUAACGAAGCCGCUGGAUACAUUGGAAAAUCAUUACGGGAAUUGUAGACUCGUAAAAUGAAUCGACGAUUGGGAAAUUCCAUUUUAAACGAAUAUGCAUCAACACAUUUACAAUCACGUGAUCAUUUAUCAUCCUCCUCGUUUCUCCCUCUCACGAAAAUUCGUAAUUGCCUGCUGUGUAUCGUUGGGUUUUAGUUUUAUGUCGAUUGUAAAUAUAUUGUUGAAUUGAAAGAGAGAGCGUUGACAAUUGUGAAAAUUUAUUGUACCACAUUCGAGCUUGUACGUUAUCAAAUGAAAUUAAAAAAAAGCGUCUCAUUUUAUGUGCACUUUGAAAGUAACAAAAACGCAAUUUCCAUUUGCUAUCAAUUUAUGCAAACAUGAACCAUUCGUCGACAAGGAAUUUUCAGCCACAUUGCUUUUUCAAGAUUUACUUAUCAUGAGUAGUAAAAAACUUACGAACUGUCCGAAUAUACUUUUAUCGUAUGUAAGGUCUCUGUCUUAUCAGCACCAGUUGGUAUAAAUUAUAAAUAAAUUUGAAAAAAAACGCUAUUCGAUAGAUCGAAUGCCAGCAUUGAUCGGUGCGAACCGAACGAAUUUCAAUUUGUAGGAGCAAGCACAGAAAUAAAUUCACGUAAAUUAA